GAAGAUACUAAAGAGUCCGAAAUGCUUUCGAAAAGUCAGAAAGAUAGUGUUGAAAUUAACAUUUGUGGGAUCACGAAGGAAUGCGUGGACGAGAAAAAUAUUAAUGAUUUCAAAUCUUCACUACCAGACUGUGGAAAGAAAAGCGAAGAACUUCCAAAGGUAAAAUUAGAAGAAAAUAUUGUACAGGAUGGCGAAAGAUUGCGCUUUACUGCACACAUAUUUUCAAAAGAGGACCCAAAGUCCCUAAAAUGGCUUAAAGACGGAAAAGAACUGGAAUAUGCAAAUGAUGGAAAGUUUGAAAGAAAAGACAGUUACAAGAAAAUGUCCAUUUUAUAUAUUAAUAAUCUGGGAAAAGAAGACGAAGGUGAAUACACUGCUCUUGUAACAACAAGCAUUGGUGCUCAUGUCAGAGAAAGUAUUUCAUUCAAACUCCCCGAAGAUCCUCCUAAGGUUGAACUAAAGAUGGAAAAAUACCUGACAUCCGUUACGUUUAGAGCAGAAGUUAUUUCAAAGUGGCCUGUCCAAAAAUGGGUUUGGUAUAAGGACGGGAACAUCAUAAAGGAGAGAAAUUACAAAUUUCAGGAAGACACAUGUACAUCUAGCGUUCGACGGCGUAAUCUAAUGAUUACGGACUUAGAAGAAAGCGAUUAUGGAUUUUAUAGCCUAAUGGUCAUAACAAUUGGAGGAAGAAAUGAAAGUACUAGACAAUUACUAAAGGAGGAUGCUCCGGAAGUUAAACUUGAGCUAAAAAUAAUUGAAAAAGAGAAAAAGGUGAGAAUUUUUGCAAGGGGUAACCCCAAAGAGCUUGCACUUAACCUGAAAUGGUUUCACAACAGCCAUGAAAUUGUCUUCCAAAAUCAGACCAAAUAUACAGAAACAACUGGCGUCAACAAUGUCUUUAUUUUGGGAGUCCAUGAUGUUAAUCGUGAAGAUGAGGGAAACUUCAGUGUUCGCAUGAGUAACAGAUCAGGGAAGACCACUUGUAAAUCGGUGUUGUUUCAUAUAACUGAAGAUUUGCCGAGUGUAUUGUUAUUAUUCUCAAAGAAGGAGGCCGAAAUAGUAGAGCUUAUUGCUGAAGUUAGGUCUACAUGGCCCAUAGAGUAUUUCUACUGGACAAAAGACGGAAAAUCAAUUCCACUUGAUAAUAGCAAUUGUGUGUACAAGUUUGACAGUUUUAAACCUAAUACUUACAAUCUGAAGAUUAAAAAUCCAAGACAAGAAGAUGAAGGUGAAUAUAAGUUGGUUGUUGAAAGUGUAGCAGGAAGGAGUGAAAGCAAUGGACUUUUUAUCAGAAAUUUUUUAGGUAUGAAAGGUAUGAAAGGGAAUCUACCUUGUGACCUAACAGAAAACGAGAAACAAAACCGUUCUAUGCUGGAUAAUGAUAAUAAGAAAACCGAUGUUCAAAUUCAUAAAUCAGUGGAAAGUCGUCUAGACGGGAUCAGCCGACCAUAUAAAACAGAAGUGAGAUGUAAAAUCUGCAAUAAAAUGGCAACAGCUAUUUUUCAAACUUGCGGUCAUUCUUUUUGUCUGGAGUGCCUUCAGAGAGCUGUUGGAUCAGUUGACUUUCCUGAGUCAACAAUUCUGUGCCCAAUGGAUUCUUGUUCUAGUUUUGCAACCACAGAGACUUUCAGAGAGUUUAUGAACAGACCUCAUAUCCUUCAUCUUGAGAUGCCUCUUUUUUUCAAAAUAUCACUUGGCCAAUGCAAGGGGAAAAGAUGUUCCGAAGAGGGAUUCAUCAACAUGAGUUUUUGUAACCAUUCGCUUUGUAUGACAUGUUUGGAGAGUUGUAAAUCUGCAUCAAUAUGUGUCGGAGAAGAUUGUACUAACGCAGGAAUUCCUCCAGCCAGAUAUUUUGACCAUUUGCUUUCAGCAAUAAAAGACAAAAUGCAAACACCAUUUAUGGUUUGGGGAGCUGACUUCACACUUGAGAAUUGGAAGUGUUCAGCAUGUAAAUAUCCGGCAUUGUAUGAAAUUAUAUGCUGCUGUCAUAAAGUGUGUGCAAAGUGUAUGAAAGAGAUGAAGACUGGAGGUCGAAUACCAAUUGCUAUUGGAAAAUGUCCAGUUAACGGCUGUAAUGAACUGUAUCCAAUUCCAAGCUAUAGAAAUCCAUCCUGUGAGAGAAAAACAAAUGCAAAUGUAAAAGGCUCUACACUGGGCCAAAGCGAAAGGGUUAACACUUCUGUGGUCAAGCCUGAAAAAACGGUAUCACACUCUCUGAAAAAAUCUAGAGGCCUUCAAAACAUUGCUUUCUCCUGUUAUCGAAAUAGUAUUCUACAGAUACUUGCAGAAACACCAGGUUUUUACGAAUGUUUAGAAAGAAUAUGUGAUAAAGAGAGCAAUUCCUGGACAAACCCUCUCGCGGAAAUUCUACACCGUAUACGAUCUCGGAAUACAGCAGACGUGGAGAUGUUUUCGAUACUGAAUAGUUUUCACUAUCAAUUCAACAACACGAAUAUUGGAUUUCGUGAAUAUCAACAGGAAGAUACUCUUUCAUUUUUAAUGACUCUGUUGAAUGGGCUUAAUGAUCAUUAUGAGAAAUCAAAGAAAAACGUGGACGGGUUUAAGAAUGCUUUGGACAUAUUUAAAGGAAAAUUUGAAGAUAAAUAUUUCUGCGAAAAUUGUAAAAAGGAAGAAAGUUUUAAUCAGAGUGACUUUCUUAGUCUUCCACUCCUUAAGAAAUCUUCGCUAUUUGAGAGUUUUUCUUAUCUUUUUGAAGAAGAGGCAAUUGACAUGUUUCCUUGUUCGCGUUGUGAAUCUAGGACAUUGAAAAAACAGCUCCAAAUAUGCAGUUUUCCAGAUGUUCUUGUUCUGCAGUUGAACAGGGAAGGCAACGUAUACUGGACAAGAGAUGAUGAUAAAACGGAUUUUAAAGAAUUUCUUAAAGAUGCAUGGAAUGAGGAACUUUCACAGAAAGUCAGCUUGAAUGAGAUUAAGUCGUAUAGAUUGUAUGGCGUUGUCGUUCAUCGAGGAGACGAAAAGGGUGGCCAUUACAUAUGUUUUGUAAGGAGACGGGACGAGUCGUCAUGGGAGGAAUGUGAUGAUUCAGUUGUAACCGCAGCAAAUAUAAAGAGAGUUUUGAGGGCAAAUGCAUACUUGCUUUUCUACGAGAAAUGUGACUCUGAAGUUUAGACUGCACUUUAAUGCAACAAGUGUACAAGAUACAUGCAUCUUUUUAUGUACAGUGUAUAUAAUUAGCUUUUAUCUCUGCAUAUAUAAGCAAUUGUAUUUGUUGAUAUCAAUAAUGGUUAGAUAAAUUGAAACCGUUGAUUUUAAGAAAAUUAAAUUAACCGUGUCUUCUCUUCUGAGAACAUGUAUAUUUAACUUUU